GUUUAUGUUUGGGCAUAUACCCAUGUAUUACAUUAGUUACAGUGGUUUCAUUCAGGUAGCAGAGCUACCCAGAUUUAGUAACCAAGCAAAACUGUGUAGAAAUCUGACCUGAGAUGGUAGUCAAUGGCGUAACUACGGUCAUUUGUAUAUAUUGCUAAUUCUCACUGGAAGACGUAUGAUGUCUGCCAAAACAAACAAACGACGAGAAGAAACAAGUUGCGCCCAUUUUAACAAAACUUGGAUGUUGGGACUAGGAAAUUUGCAAACAAUCCCAGCUAAUUUACCACUGCAGUAUUCUCCACCGCCAUCUUUAGUUAGUCCUUUACCAAGCCCUACUCUUAAGUGUUCCGUGUCAUGCAGCCCAUCUCCUGCGUCGGGCAGUGGGAGCAGUACCGGAAGUACAAGUCCUGGAAGUACUUCUGACCCAAACUGGCAGUCAAAUCACGCUAGUGUUCGUGAGCGCAAUGCUGCAAUGUUCAACAACGAAUUGAUGAGUGAUGUCCACUUUUUAGUUGGUCCCAAAGGAAGUGCCCAAAGAAUUCCAGCACAUAAAUAUGUGUUGGCAACUGGAAGCUCAGUUUUUUAUGCAAUGUUCUUUGGAGGUUUGGCUGAUAACGAAUCAGAAAUUGAAAUUCCUGAUGUGGAACCUGCUGCCUUUUUGACACUUCUGAGGUUCCUUUACUGUGAUGAUAUAAAUUUGGAAGCAGAUACGGUGUUGUCCACGUUAUAUGUUGCAAAAAAAUAUUUAGUGCCUCACUUGGCUCGAGCUUGUGUUGCAUAUUUAGAGACUAGCUUGACAGCAAAAAAUGCAUGUGUAUUGUUAAGUCAAAGCCGUCUGUUUGAAGAACCAGAUUUAAUGCAGCGUUGUUGGGAAGUAAUUGAUGCCCAGGCUGAACUUGCAUUUGCUUCAGAAGGUUUUGCCGACAUAGAUUAUCGUACACUUGAAUCAAUUUUAUCUAGAGAAACUCUGAUGAUAAAAGAGUACACAUUAUUUCAGGCUGCACUAAACUGGUCAAUGGCUGAAUGCAUUCGUCAAGAUCUUGAACCAACAACUGAAAAUAAAAGACGGGUUUUGGGUAAUGCGCUGCACUUAAUACGAAUCCCUACUAUGUCUCUUGAAGAAUAUGCAAAUGGUGCUGCUCAGUCAGGGUUACUGACCUUGCAGGAAACAAAAGAUAUAUUCUUGCAUUAUACUGCAAAUAAUAAACCUACUUUGCCUUUUCCUAUAAAGCCACGAGUUGGCCUGAAGACACAAGUUUGUCACCGCUUUCAGUCGUCAGCUUACCGUAGUAAUCAGUGGAGGUACCGUGGAAGAUGUGACAGCAUUCAAUUUUCUGUGGAUAAGCGUAUUUUUAUAGUUGGAUUUGGAUUAUAUGGAUCUAGUAAUGGGGCUGCUGAUUAUUCAGUGAAGAUUGAGCUGAAAAGAAUGGGAAAAGUUUUAGCUGAAAAUAAGACAAAUUUUUACUCGGAUGGCUCUAGCAAUACCUUUAAUGUUUAUUUUGAGCAUCCUAUACUUGUAGAGGCAGACACUUAUUAUACAGCAUCUACUGUAUUAGAUGGAGCAGAAUUAAGCUACUUUGGCCAGGAUGGUGUCAGUGAGAUGACUGUAGGUUGCAUCACUUUCCAGUUUCAGUGUUCAUCUGACAGCACCAACGGGACUGGAGUUCAAGGUGGUCAAAUACCAGAGCUAAUAUUUUAUGGUCCGAGCCAAGAUUCGUGACUCGAAAAGAAAAGUGGAAAUGCAUAUAGUGGUUUUCGUAAGAACACUGCUUCAUUUGUAGUUGAUCCAUACUCAUGCUUUUUUUCUGUUUUAUUUUCGUGUAUGAAACAUAUAUUUAUGUCAUGAAUGUAUCAAUUGUAUUUUAUUAUAGAAUUUCUUAGAACGUCUCAAAUAUCAAAUUAUAUUUGUAGAUUUUUCUUUUAUAUUUGAGCUAUACUUUGUGAACUGUUUGUGGUAAAAUUUAUUUGAGAGUAUUUCUGACUAAAACCUUAUUAUAGUUAUAUUCAUUAAAGAAAUUUGUGUAAAAAGUUACAUUUCAAAGGCAUAUAAUUAUAUAUCAAGUAUGCUAGUAUCACUUAGCGUUAUAGAAUAAAUUUUAUUGUUUGAGUGAUAUAAGCAUGAACCAAUACUUCUCAAUCAUUUGAAAUUUUAUUUUAGAAUACAAACCGCAUAUAUAAAGUAUUUUUAAGAAAGUUUUAUAUUAAUUCUUCUUCCUUUAUUAUAAUAUGCCUGUCUUUUGUGGCAAAUGUAUUUUAAUGGAUCUUAAAACUGACAAAUUAGAAAUCAUUAAAACUAAGAUAAUUGGUCUAAAUUGAAAUUAACUACAUAUAAAAUGUACUGAGGAAAAGGCUAAAACAAAUGGCAAUACGUCUAAUCAAAUUUUCUGUUGUGCCCCAAAUGGUGAAAAUUCGAUAGUAUUGUAAACUGAAAUGAAGCAAAACUGAUUACAAGGAAAAACAGCAAAAAAAGGCUGAAAUAGAGCACUUAUUGGAAAGCCUUUGAAAAAAAGGCUUAAAAAGUGAUGGAAUGUUGUAAGAAAGGAAGCAUUAUUACGUUGUGAAACCUUGAAAGUUAUUUAAAAACAUAACUAAAUUUUCAGGGGUAAUCCAUUUAACUAGCAUUACAUGCUUGUAUAUUGCAUUGCAGUGAGACAAAUGUUUGCCUUGUGCAGUUUGCUUUUGGUUAGUAAUUUUUUUAGCUAAGAAAAGAAAACUAAAGAUUUUCAGUUUUGGCAAAAAUAUGUAAAUAAAAAUUAAAUUAAAAAGAGAAUAUCAUUCAGUAUUUGUUUUAUGCAAAGACUGCAGAAAAAUAUGUCUUUGAUUUUGAAGUAGCUGGCUGAUUUAAAGAUUUUUCGUAGGGAGGGGUUGUGUGUAUGUUCUCAACUGAAUAGAAGUUGAGCAAACUGCCUUCAGUUUUUAACAUCAAUUACAGCAUUACUAAGCCUCAACUUUCAGCGUUGAAGAUGGCAAGUACAGAAAUUAGAUGUAUGGCCGUGAUGAGUACAAAUGAUGAUGAUUUUUCAUCUUUCUACCUUAUUUCAUCUUACCUUUAUCUCUGACUUAAAAAUCUUUUGUCACUUUCAUAAAUCAUUGUCAUUGCUGCUACUUUUCUUAGUACAUUAUCAUUUGCAUUUUGAAAGGGAAAAUUAUACUGCCUAUAUGCUUUUCAUAUAAUUUUAGUGAUGAUUUAGGUUAUGGUGUUUGGUAUCAUGCGAUAUAAUCCCCCCUUCCUUUUUGAGGGGGUGUUGGAGAGAAGAUUUUUAUCUUUGCAAAUAAUUGGUAAUUACUUCUUUAUGCUAUGCAAAAAUUUUCACAGGAAUAUCUUCUUUUUGUUAACCGGUAGAAACCUGUAUUGGAAUCAAAGUUUAUAUCUGAAUUAUAAUUUCUUUCUUGUCGUGCACCAUGCGAGAUUUCUAGUAUCAUGAGUGUUUAGUUCCAUCUGUUUAAUUGUGAUUAAAUUGUUUUCCCAUUUUCCUACUAUCAUUUUAUCAAGUAGUUUUUAUUGAAGUUCGUGUGUUGUGUAAUUAUAAUUCUCAUGAUUGCGGGCAAAAAAUUAUUUUUUGUUUUUUCAUAUUGUAUUUGUUCUGGUAUAUUAAUUUAAAUGUGGUAAAAGGGCCAACCUUUUACCAAAUUAGAACUGGAUGUCAUUAUUCUGUUGUGUUUUGUAUGAAUGAUAGGAAAACUGUAGUUAUUAAAGAAGUAAAUUACUAAAAUUCUUUGCAAUUAUUUUAAGUAUUGGCUUAUAAUCAAGUGAAAAAUCAGAAAUGUAAUGAAGUUCUGUAAAACUGCUUAAAAGCAUCGAUACAUAUCCAGGUCAGUUAUAUUUAAAGUAUGAAAAAUUUCUGCAUUCAUUUACUAAAUUUAUGGAAUAUUCUGAAGUAUGAGUAAUAAAUCAUUUAUCAGUUUGGUACAGUAUUUAUAUAUAGUAGUACAGCAAUUAAAAUAACUAAACAAAAUUAGUUAAGUUUUUUUUUAUUUUUAAAUCAUGUGCAUCUCAAAGUAUCUUAUACAAUUACUUGAUGUAGCAUAAACAUAGAUGAUCUGGUGUUUCAUAAAGAAUGUAAAGAACAUAACAUUUAUUUUUCUAAUAUUUUUUAAAAUCUAUUUUACCUCUGUAUUGGAGCAUGAAAUUAUAUAAUUAUUUUGGGACUUGUGUUUCAGAAAAUGUUAUCUAUUAUUGUUAUGUUUGUAUUACAACUAGUCAAAUAAGAUAUUUCCUUUAUACUUUCUACAAAAUAAUCUACAAUCUAAAUUAUAAAUAAUAACUUUAUUGUGAAAACACUGUAUGUAAUUUUGUAUAUUUAAUUAUGGUAACUAUUGAUUUUUAAGUUGCUUCCUGAGGUUAAGUACAAGCUAAUAUUCUAAAGACAUGAAUGAAUUUUAAGAAGUGAAGUUAUUGGAGUGUUCAGAAACAAAGUGAAUUAAGUUUUAUGCACAUAAGAGAACAAAAUUUUGUGUCAAAGCUAUUAUUGUUAAAUUAAUACCCUUGAAUAAAAUUAUUAUUUUAAGAUUUUUUUAAAACAAAUAUGACAUUAAAUUUCAAAUUAUCGGAUUUGAAAUGAAGUUCUUUGAGCAAACAUUACACAUGUAUUUACUGAUACAUGCAUGCAACAUUAUGCAGUAUUGAUACAUACAACAUGUACUUUGCAAGGAAUUUUUAAAUGUACUUUGCAUUUUUGUUGAAAGUUUGAAUUUUUAUCUUAUAAUAAAAUAUUUAAAGCAUUUUAUGAGCUUUUAUACUAUUCUAAGCUGUAUAAUUUCAUAAAAAAUAAAUCCUACCAUUUAAAAAAGUGCUCAUUAAGUUAAUUAAAUUUGCUUAGUGGGAACAUUUUUAAAGCUAUAAAAUAUUCAUCUAAUUAAAUGAAAAUAUAUAAUGUAAAUUGCAUAUUCAUUGGCUUAAAUAAAUAGUAUAAAUGUAUUUUAAAUGUUUUAUUAUUAUACAGGCUGGCUGCUAAUUCAUGGUACAGACUUUGAGGGCUGGUACAGGACACUGUAACAAUCACAUUUUGUAUAGGAAUGUAUGGUCAAACAUAAAGCGUUGAAGCGCAAACACAGGAAAAAACAAAAGAUAGAGAAAUUGUUAUAUUUUCAUAACCUUUUUACAAGGUGGAUAUUAAUUUACAAAAUGUGAUUGUUAUUGUGUCCUGUACCAGUCCUCAAAGUUUGUGCCAUGAAUUAGCAGUCACCCUGUAUAAAGUAUUUUUUGCACUGAAAAUAUAUGCAUUCAAUUUUUUUUCUUUUUUUUAAAGAACAAACAUUUUUAUGGAUUGAAAAGAAAUUGCUAAAUAUGAUUUUGUUACAUAAAAUAAGUUUGUUAAUUAUACUUGUAGAAUGCCAAGGAUAGAAACUGGGAUUUUUAAGUAUCUUCAGAAGCACCAAAAAGUCGUAAAAGACAAAAUAUUUGCCAAAGUUUUUAAUUCAUUAAAAAUGUUAAUAAAGAAAUUUUAAUCUUUUAAUUAAUUGAAAUUAAAAUUUGAGCAUUUUCUUUUUAAAAAUAAAUUUGAAUUUAUUUUUUGUAUUGAUUGAGUCGAUUGUUGAUUCAUCAUUUCAAAUAAUUUUUUGUGUUACUAAUACAUAUAUAUCUAUCUACACACACACACAUACAGUAAAUAGUCUCUAAAAAAACUACCUGCAGUUCUAAACAAUUUUGAUCUGUGGAGACAGCCAUCCUAGAGAAGCUGACUCUAAGUAAUGCCAGUUAUAAAUUUGUGCAAUUGAUCUGUGCUAUUCAAGGAUGAUAAAAUCUGUUAGAAAAAUUCAUUAAGUAGAAUCUCUUAUUUGCAGCAAUAGAACUUUGACAGUUCUGGAUAUGAGGUUCUUCUGAAUGAUUGAAUACAUGUUUAUAGAAUGUACUUAUUCAUGUUUUGUAAUGCUAUCUGUGGUAACUGCAGUAUGUGAAAUCUGUCGAUUGCAAUUUAAAUAAAUAAUAUUGAAAGUUGUACAAAAUUAUAAUUUAUACACAUAAUUUUAUAUUUAAAAUAAUUAAAGAGCAUUUUAAAAUUACCCAUUUAAUGUCAUCAUGUCAAAUCUGCAUUCCUUCAUCAGUAUACUUUCCAUGUAACUUUCUUGUUCUGUAUAUCAUCUUUAUCCUCUCCUUUCUUAUCAUCCUUUCCAAGAUCAUGUUUGAUUAUUUUUCACCAUCUUAAAGAAAUCUUCUUAAUCAUCUUAAAGAAACAUGAUAGAAAUAGAAUUAUCUACAUUGACCCAAGCCUGUGCCUCCUCUCACUGUUAACAUUCUCUGAAUAUAUAAUGAAAUCCAUGAUGUCAGGCCAAGUGUGCUGAAAUUGUUUUAAAACUAAAAGUUUUCAUCAUUUUACUCGUCAACUACGAACAAGAUCAUAGGCCGCCAAUUUAUGCCAAUAGUGACAUAAAAAUGAUGCUUUUUUCCUCUUUUGAGCAAGAGACAAAGUAAUUCUGGUGUUUUUCAUGAUAUUUCACAUGUUAUUUGUUUUUGCGAAAAUCAUAGACAGUCUUUCAAAUUUCAUUCAUCGAUGCAUAAAAGGGAAUUAUUAAUUCAUCUUUAUGUUCUGAAUAAUUCUUUGGUCCAUUGUUUGGAUAAAUCUUGUUAUAUUGGUCAGCUGAAAUAUAACAUAAAUUUUCACGUUUAAAUCUUCAGAUUGUAAGCUAAGUAGACUAACAGUAUGUGUUUUAAUGAGAUCUAAUAGAAUAAAAUAUAGCUAAAAAUAAAUAUCCUAAAAGUAGUUGAUUAUGAUAAACAUUUAAUUUUUUUUAGGUUUGAUUUCUGAGAAUAUGCUCAUAAAUUAGCAUUUUUAACCUGAAAAAGAGCUUUUUUCAUCCCCUUAAGAAAAAUUUAAUUUAUAUCAUUUGUUGGUGUAUAUGUAAAUAUGUGAGCAUGCAUAUUGCUUAUCCUUAAAUGUAAUUGAAAAUUAUGUCCUUUUUGAUUUUGUUGGAAUUUUAAAUGUAAAUUAAUAUAUAGUAAGUUUGCAUUGAAACUGGAGAAAAAUAAGUAUUUUGUAAGUGAUCUGAUUUAUAAAGUACAGUCAAAAGUCGUUAAUCCGGACUCGUCGGGACUUCGGCGAUUCCGGAUUAUAGAUCAUCAGUUUAAAUCUCAUAAGAUGGCAUGC